AUGGAGGCCGGCACUUUCUUUCGACUCAAGGAAAUCCCGCCUGUCCUGCCGGCGGCGAGUCUGAUUGACGUCUGCCUAUCCAAGACGCAGCGGAAAACGCCGACUGAGAUCCACAGAAAGAGCGCGUUGGCCGCCAUAAAAAAGUUCUACAUGCGCAAAAUCAAAUUCGGCUCGCAGACCUUCGUCGAAAAACUCAAAGAAAUCGUCGAUGGGUUCCCCAAACUCGACAAUAUUCACCCGUUUUACGCGGACUUGCUCAACAUCUUGUACGACCGAGAUCAUUACAAGCUCGCGUUGGGCAUGCUCUCGACUACAGUCCGCCGCAUCGAGAAGAUCGCGAAGGAAUACGUCACGCUAGCCAAAUACGCCGACGGCCUCUACAAAUGCAAAAGUCUGAAAGUCGCCGCGCUGGGACGCAUGUGCACACUAGUCAAGAAGCUAGGGCAGCCGCUGCAGUACCUCGAAGAAGUCCGCCAGCACAUGUCUCGUCUGCCGUCGAUCAACCCUGUCACGCGGACGCUGCUUCUCACAGGCUACCCCAACGUGGGGAAGAGUUCCUUCAUCAACAACAUCUCGAACGCAAACGUCGACGUCCAGCCCUUCGCCUUCACGACGAAAUCGCUCUUCGUGGGGCACUUUGACUUCCUCUACACCCGCUGGCAGGUCAUUGACACGCCAGGUAUUUUGGAUCAUCCUCUUGACGAGCGCAACCUGAUUGAGAUGCUGGCCAUCACCGCCUUGACGCACAUUCAGAGCGUCGUCGUCUUCAUGCUGGACAUCAGCGAAGAGUGCGGCUACACGAUUCAGAACCAAGUCAGCCUCUUCCAGUCUCUCCUCGUUCUCUUCAAGAACAAGCCGAUCCUCGUCGUGCUCAACAAAACCGACAAAGUCCGCCUUGCUGACCUCGCACCCGCGACGCAGGAGCUCAUCCGCACCAUGGGACGAGAUAGGACAGUUGAGUUCGUGGAGGCCUCGACGCUCACGGGCGCCGGCGUGGACGAUGCGAAGAACAAGGCUUGCGAGAUCCUGCUGAAGCAGCGCGUGGAGCAGAAGCAGCUCGCGAGCGUCAGCGGGCGACCGGGCGCGCCGGCGUCGCUGCAGGAGCAGCUCGACGGCAAGCUCUUCGUGACGAAAGUCCAGAACCCGCGGCAGCCCUUCAUUCCUCAGAGCGUCCUCGACGCACAGAAAGAAAGAGAGCAAGAGGAAGCUGAUGGAGCUAUGCAGCGCCCCAGAAGGAUGCUGGAGAGAGAUUUGGAAGAAGAGCAGGGCGGCAGUGGAGUUUACAGCGUCGAUUUGCGAAAGUCGCACAUUCUGGCGAAGGAAGAGUGGCGAUACGACGUGGUGCCGGAGAUCCUCAACGGACAGAACGUACGCGACUUCGUGGACGUCAACAUUGAGGAGAAACUCAAACUCCUCGAGGAAGAAGAGGCCCUUCUGCAGCAACAGGAAAUGCAGAGACCUGAGCUGGAGGAGCAGCUGAAUAAGUUGGCUUCUCUCAAGAGAGAGAUGGCGAAGCUGCAUCUGGGCAUCAAGCGGCAGCGGCUUAUGAACUGCCUGAAGAAAAAGCGCAACGGGCCGCGCUUGCUGAAGAAGCCUAAGACCAAACUCCAGGAAGAACGCGAGAAGCGGCGGCUGCUGAGACAGGCCGCGAGCGACGCGAACAUGGCAGACGCUACGUCGGAGGCGCAGAGCACAGCUGCAUCGACAGAUGCGGGCGCAGAUGCAGGCUCGAGAAAGCGCGGACGAUCACUCGAAAGGAGCUCGCGUCGGGGUCGGUCUCCCUCUGCUGGACGAAGAGAAGGAGAGGACCAAGAAGAAGACGGUCACAGCAGGUUGAAGAAGAAGAUUCGCGCGCUGAGUCGCUCGCGUUCUGUGCAGCCGACGGCGCGUCAGCGCAGCGCAAGUCGUGCGCGGUCAGUUAGCCGAAAGGGCGAGGAAGGCGAAGGCGAGGAGGAGGAGCGGGAGCAGGGAGCAGCCGCGCUGGGUCAGAUUCGCAGACUCGGCGGGGUGGCUCAGAGGAAGGCGCGGAAGCUCAAGAUUGCUGCUGACCGGCCUAUUCGAGGCAGAGCCGGUGAAGCGGAUCGACACAUCAGCGUCAAGUUGCCCAAGCACCUCUUCUCUGGAAAACGCAGCAAUGGCAAGACUGACAGACGAUGA